UUUAAGGAGGGAGGCGCCACAGGAGCUGCCGCCGCGCCGCGAUGGCCGCCGCGGGCGGUGCGGGGCUCGGCGGGCGGCGGUGACCGAUGUACCUGAAGCGGCCGGCGGGCGGCCUCGCCUUCUGCCUUUUCUACCUGGCGUCCUGCUUCACCAAUAAGUAUGUCCUGUCUGUCCUGAAAUUUACCUACCCUACCCUUUUUCAAGGGUGGCAGACAUUAGUUGGUGGAAUUCUGCUUCAUGUCUCCUGGAAGUUGGGCUGGGUGGAGAUAAGCUUGUGUUCAAGGUCUGAAAUCCUGUCCUGGCUUCCUGCGUCGGUAAUUUUUGUGGGCAUUAUUUAUGCUGGCUCUAGGGCACUGUCUAGAUUGCCAAUCCCAGUGUUCCUCACUGUACACAACGCAGCAGAAGUUAUAGCCUGUGGUUUCCAGAAGUUUGUGCAGAAAGAGCAGGUCUCUCAUCUGAAAGUCUGUAGUGUGCUGUUCCUCCUGGUAGCAGCAGCGUGCCUUCCUUUAUGUGACACACAGUUUGAUCCAAACGGUUAUCUGUGGGCUCUAAUUCACUUGCUCUGUGUUGGGGCUUACAAAGUAUUUCACAAGUUAUGGAAACCUAAUUCUUUAAGUGACUUGGACCAACAGUACAUCAACUAUGUAUUCAGUGUGGUACUGUUGGCCUCUGCAUCCCAUCCAGCAGGUGAUCUCUUCAGUGCCUUGGACUUUCCAUUCCUCUACUUCUACAGAUUUCAUAGCAGUUGCUGUGCCAGUGGACUCUUGGGAUUCUUUCUGAUGUUGCACACAGUGAAGCUGAAAAGCAGCACAACCUCAGGGCAAUAUGCAGCAUGGAGUUUCCUUGCAAAGGUUAUCACCGCUAGCUUAUCACCAUUGUUCUUUGCCAUGACUGCCAAUGUGCUGACAAUUUCUUGCCUUGUGAUCAGCGGAGUUGGAGAAGCUUUGCUUGUUUACACUGAAAGAACAGGCACGUAAAGAGGAACCAGAUCUCAGCAGCUGGAAAAGAGCUGACUUGCAGCCCAGAAACCCUAUCACAAGUCAAAUGCAGCAGCAAGAAUGAAGAAGUGCAACCAAGCACAGGGAAAGAGAUCUAUUGUUUGUUUCUUUUUUUUUUUUUUUUAAUUAAGGAAAAGCUAUGCCAUCAGUAGUGCUGGUAAGAGAGCAGCGUACUUGGUAGGAUAAUUAUGACUGUUUGCCUCCAAGCGCAACACAGAUUAUUUCCAAUUGAUGUGGUAAAGGAAAAUCUGCUCGGCCUCAUGCCGAUGACUCUGUGCAAGAACCUCCCAGUAGCAGCUUCUUGCACAGGGAACUGAACUCAGGAAAAGCAGUAUUCCCCACUGGAUGCCCCCAGUUCUUUUGUUGAAAGCUGACAGCAGGUUGUACCAAACAAUGUCAGAGCCCAGAUCCUGCCAUAAAUUCAGUAUCAGGAAGGAUGGACUUUGUUUCCAACUGUUCAGUAAGCAGCAAGCAGCUGCACACAGGUCUGUAGUCACGUUGUCUGAGCUGGCACAGUGAUGGAGGCCAUGGGGCUUUUGGAGAUAAUUCCCACAUGGAACUGUGGUGGGUUGACAGCUUUGCCAAAUGGGGAAAUCAGCAAUAAAUCUUAAUGUCUGUA